AUGAUGUCACAACGAUACUAUGACAUUGGACUCAAUUUAACAGAUCCCAUGUACCGUGGAGUGUACAAUGGGAAGCAAUAUCAUGGGGCUGAUGUGCAUACCGUGAUUAGCCGGGCUUUCGAAAGAGGUGUAAAAGCUGCAUUGUUGACUGGAUCUUCUCUGAAGGAGUCUCGGGAGGCCAUUGCAUUGGCAAGCGACUCGGAGUUGUCUGAUAGAGGAGUGCGACUGAAAUACACUUUGGGUGUGCAUCCUUGUUGUGUUAAUGAGUUUGCGGAUCAUGAUGCUACCAUUGAUAAUCCUUCGCAUGAUGAGGAGUGGAAUCAGUCAUUACAUUUACAAGUUCUACAGAAUCUGGAACCCACUAAGUUGAAACUCAAAGAGUUGUAUGACUUGUGUCAGCAGCAGAUUAUGAUUGAUGGAGGAAAUUUUGGAGCUGUGGGUGAGAUCGGACUCGAUUACGAUCGGUUUUAUUACUCGGGUAAAGAGAUGCAAAAGAUCUUCUUUGAAGAACAACUCAAGAUGAGUUGUCUAGUGUCAAAUCCAAAAAUGCCACUGUUUUUGCACAUGAGAAACUGUUGCGAUGAUUUCUUGGCUAUAAUGAACAAGUUCGUUCAGGGCUUUUCCGAUGUGCAGGACACCUUUGGAUGGAGAUCGAUCGCUGGGAGAAAUGAUCAAAAACCUAUCUUUUACCAAUUCGACCCCGAGAGAAAAUUCGUAACUCAUUCAUUCACUGGUAGUAUAGACGAUCUGCAGCGAAUUCUGGCUUUGUCCUCAAAUAGUUACAUUGGCAUGAACGGUUGCUCUUUGAAAUCAAGUGAAAACCUGCAAUGCGCAGACCAAGUGCCAGUUGAUAGGCUACUACUGGAAACUGACGCACCUUGGUGUGAUAUCAGAAGAACUCAUGAUUCAUUCAAAUUUCUAGGUGAUUACACAUUGCCUUUCAAAUCAGUCAAGAGGGAUAAACUUGAUAAAGUGACACCAGAAGACAAGGCCCGCACGAUGGUCAAAGGUAGAAAUGAACCUUGUAAUAUGGAACAAGUAGCCAUCGUGGUUGCUAACGUCAAGGAUAUGCCACUUAAUGAUUUGAUUGAAACUAUUUGGAAAAACAGUGUCACAGUGUAUGGAGAAUAG